CGCUCGUCUUCUUCGCGUACCCCGCCCCCAUUCAUCACCCUCACCCUCACCCUCACCCUCACCCUCACCACUCCCCCCUUUCCCUUUCCUUUCGGUCCCUUCGAUCUGCACAUUGGAGCGGCCUCUGUGCAACGACGGUCAGUUGGAGCUUGUCGUCUGCAAUCGUCGUAGGUCUUGGCUGCUUUCCGGCACAUCGCUGCCUCGACGUCCACCCCUUCACUUUGCUCCAGUCGCGACAUCCAUCACACAAAGCAUCAAGCUCCAGAGUCGGGUCAUUCGUACUUGAGGGGAGCAUUACGGCGCCAAGAUGGCCGACGACGCAGCGUCGUACGGUUCGCGGGGCGGCCUGGUGAACCGCCGCGGCGGUCGCGCCAGUGGCGACACCUCUCGCUCGAACCAACAAAUGUAUCAGCCUGGUCAACCUAUCGGUUACCUUGCUGCCAGAGGUACCCCAUACGAGAAAAAGUACUUUACCAAGAAGCUCGGGUUCUGCUGCUUGUUCCUUGCGCCCCCUAUCAUUAUCGUUUCGCUCGUCAUUGCUCUCGUCCCCGUCAUCUGGGCCGUUGCCGUUCACGCUUUGAAGACUGCUCAAUUGCACGUCUAUGCUGCGAACAUUACGGACAUUUCCAACACUAGUUUCCCCAUCACGAUCGAGGGUCAGGUCAAGAAAGCUGGUAUCUUCCCUGCCCACCUGUUUUUCCGUGAGCCCGUCGACAUCUACUGGAUGACUCCUCCCGAGGAUGAGGGCGGCAGGCGAGAGCUUCAUCUCGGUAGCAUGGAAUUGGCUCGUAUCGGCGCUGCAGCUGGUCACGCUCGCGUCAAGCAGGCGACCACGUUCAACAUUGCCGACGAAGCUGGUUUCGGGCGCUUCUCCGAGUACCUUGUCACUCAAGAGGAGUUCACCUGGCAGCUGCGCUGCUUGAACGUUCAUGCCGAAGCUUUCAGCUUCUUCCCCACGUUCAAGAACUUGCAGUUCAUCAAGAAUGUUGUGUUCAAGGGUAUCAACAACUUCGGUGAUAUCAAGAUCUUGAACUUGCAACUUCCUGGCGAUGACCCUGAAGGUGGUAUCAUCACGCAAGCGACAACUCGCUUGGUGAACCCAUCGCCUUUCGGUGUGCAGGUUGGCACGCUCAAUUUGGCGUUGUACUACAAGGGAAUGUACCUCGGUCCUGUCGCAGCCCAAGGUCUCAACCUGACUGCUGGUGAGAACAUCGUCACCAUCAGUGGUCGCCUGGUGCCUCACGCCGACAACUCUACCGAGCUAGACCUUCUGGGAGAGUUGUUCACCAAUUACAUCAACGGUGACGUGUCGCCCGUCACCGCUGUCGGUGUCUCUACCCAGCAGGCUGAUGGACGCGAGAUCAGCUGGUUGAGUCAAGGUUUGAAGGCACUUCGGGCCAACAUUCCUUUCCAAUCGCCAGAGCCGAUCGAUCCCAUCAAGGGCAUCCAGAUUGACUACUUGUCAUUGGUGUACAACCAAGAGCGUCCCUUCAAUCCUGACAUCUUCUCGAACGAUCUUACCGGAACGUUUGCAUUGCCGUUCGGCUUCUCGCUCAACAUUCUCUCUCUCGCCGCUGAGCUCAACAUCCUCUACCGUGGUGCACCAGUGGGAACUGUUUACGGUCCUUACUCAAACUCUUCCACGGACAUCACCGUCUUGAACGCUGGUCAGACCGCUGGUACCAUCGACAUCACCCUGCCGCCAUCUCAGCUUUUCCUGCCCAACAACACGCAGGCCGCUCAGCAGCAACUGAUCGAGUUCCAAAAUGAAUUCACUUACAGCGACGAAGCUUCGUUCACGACGAGAGGCUCUGCCAAGACCAUCACCGAUACGCCUCUCGGUCGAGUGCUUCUCAACGGCAUCAAGUUCAACGUCACCACCGGCCUGCGCGGUCUCUCUGGCCUGCUCAAGUACCCAACCAUCAUCAACUCUGUCGAUGUCAUGGGCGGUGCUCCCGACGCAGUCUCUCUUGCUGUCGCGCUGACCACGGUCAACCCCUCCAACCUGAACCUUACCGUGGGCGACGCAACUUUCCAGCUUAUGAACGGUGUGGCGCUCGGCAAUGCCACCUUGCCGAACUUGAACUUGAAGAUCGGCCGCAACGAUAUCAACUCGACUUCCUUCUUCGACCCCAACCGUGACCCCAAGGGUCUCGAGACGUUGAACAGGUUCAUUUCCGGACUUGACACGAAUCUGAACAUUACCGGUUUCGAUCGAUCUUCUAACAUUGCGUCCUUGAAUCCUACCUUUGGUGCCAUUCACCUCAAUGCCACCUUGCCGGGUCUCAAGAGGACGCUCGUCCAAAGUGCAAACCUGACGGUCCUUGACAGCACGGGUACGGUCGAUGACAUUGCCAAUUCCAAUGUUGCGCUCGCCAAUCCUUUCACCAGCCCCUUGACUAUCAGCCGCAUCGCUGCCAACGCGUCGGCGCACGGUGUCUACUUGGCCAACAUUGACACGCCACUGCAAUUCCCUGCGGCUGGCAAGGCGACUACGAUGUCUCCAAACAUUCCUCUCGCUGUCAACCUGUACCCUCCCGACCUGUUUGCUAUUCUGCGAGCAUUCGCCGUCGACGGCAAUCUCAACCCGGCCUACAUCGACGGAAUCGUACAGCUCGGUGGCUUUACGCUCACGCCGACCACUGCUCCCCGUCAGAUCAAGCGAGACCUCGUGGAAGACGCAGCUCCACAGGAGUCUUUCGUUCUCGAGGACGAUGAUGAGAUGGCGCAGCUGUUCAUGGGCACCUCGGCCAACCCAGGCCCUGCUCUGAGUGAGCUGAACGAGGACGAGGGAUACGCUGAGGAGUUUAACGGCGAGGAGAUCGGCAGCGUUGCGAAGCGCGCUCUCCCACUGCCUCAAGCGGGCAUGGCCAAGCGCGACAAUUUGUACACUGGCUUCAACCUCGCCAACUACGUGCUUGAUGCGUUCCGCACCGCAACUGCCGACCUCACCAUCGUAUCUGAUGCGACCAUCGGCGACUACGGCACCACCCUCACCUUCUCGCAGAACAACGUUCCUCUGGGUGUUGACGACACGCUUCUCAAGCUUCUCCCCGUGCUGGCUGGUCCUAUUGUACAAAAGAUCGUCGAUGGCUCGAUUCUGAACAUCGACCGUGUCACCAUUACGGAGGCGGCUCCUACCUCCUUCCGCGCCGCACUCCAGGGUGCCUUGACGAACGCCGGUCCAUUCGACGGUACCGUCUCUUUCCCAGAAGGUCUCACCAUCUACUGGGAAGGUCGACCCCUCACGUCCACUGCGUUCCCUAACAUCACCCUCACCGGUGAUCUCGGUGCCUCGCUCAACAUCGAGCUUGAGGGUCAGAUUCCCGACGUCGGCUACUUUACCGACUUCUUGAAGAUGGCCAUCACGAGCCCAUCCUUUGUGUGGAACAUCCGUGGUGCUGGUAUCUCCGUCGCCGCUCUUGGCAUCGUCACUGGCGGUAUCACCAUCAACAAGGACGUUCAGCUGCGCGGUCUCGAAGGCUUGAGGAACCAAGUCAUCAUCAACUCCUUCGAUGUCCCAUACAACGAGCCUGGAGGAGGUAUCCACCUGACCGCUGUCAGCACCAUCAACAACCCCGCGCAGGUCGGUGUCGCUCUGUCCCAGUUCGGUGUCAACAUCUUCCGCAAUGGUUCGCUCGUCGGCCCGUCUAGAGCAGAGAGCGCCUUCACCCUGCAAGCGCUCGCCGUCACGACUGUGCCUCUGGUGGGCUCCAUUGUUCCCCAAGAAGGCUUCGGUCUGGAAGUGCUGGGAGAGAUCCUGACCAACUUUGUUCACGAUCGCAACACGGGCUUGAAUGUACGAGGAGAAUUUGCAGGUCCCUCGGAUGUCGUCUGGCUCAACGAAGGCAUCAAGGUGCUCGAUGUCGAGGUCGCCUUGCCCUCGCAGAAAUUCGAUGUCAUCAGACAAAUUUCGAUCAACCAGCUCUCCUUGUUCUUUACCGUGGCAACGGCCUGGAACCCGCAAUCCGACACGAGCAACACGACGGCAAACUUCUUCCUGCCCUUCAGCUUGCCCAUCGACAUCAAGACUGUCGAGGGACCCUUCAUUGCGAACUACCAAGGUCGCGACUUUGCGGUGCUGAACAUUCCUCGCUCGGACUCGCUUACCGACGUCGAGGCACGCAUUUUGACAUUGAUGUUCAACAAUGUGCCGUUUGCCGUUUACGACAACGCGCACUCGCUGUUCUCGCAGUUCGUCGCCGAUGUCACUGCGCGCGAUCUGGUCACUUUCAACUUGCACGGUCAAGCCACUUCGGACACUCUGACAGGAGCUGGUCUUGUCACCAUUCGUGACAUUCCUUUCAACCUCGACACGAACAUUCUUGGUCUGCAGAACCUGAAUGCUCGUCCGGCCAUCGUCUCGGAUCUCGACGUCCAGCGUGGAUUCCCCACGUACCUGCUCAUCACCGUCGCGGUCACGCUGUUCAACCCAUCCGACAUCACCAUCGGUGCUGGUGAUGUUCAAUUCGCGACGCUCUUCCAAGACCGUGUCAUCGGCCGAGCGCUCAUCCAAAACAUUCUUUUGGCACCUGGAAACAACACGAUCCCCACUCAGAUCUUGUACUCGCCUCAAGGUGCAGAGAACGUCCGCGCUGGACAGACGCUGCUGGAGAACUACGUGCAGAACAUCACCUCGGACGCCAUCGUACAGGGAACCAGCCAGACCACUCCGAUCCCAUCAUUGAUCCAGGCCCUGUCUGGCAUCAGGCUGACGGCUGCCAUCCCGCCGCUCAUGAAGCUGAUUGUGGUGCAAGCGAGACUGACUGUGCCACGUGGAAUCGCUCAAGGCGAGCUUGCUCAGACUUCCGUCAUGAUCGCCAAUCCCUUCACGGCAUCCAUCAGCAUUAUCCAGCUGUACGCCCAGGCAGUGUUCCAAGACAUCGUGCUCGGUUACAUCGACGAGAACCUGCGUGGCAACCCUAUCUUCGCACCUGGAAAGGCUACUACCCAGUCGCAAGAAAUCCCAAUUCACUUGGACUUGGACCCGAAGAACCUCAUUCGCUUCAUCUUGGCCGCCGCUGCAUCGGCAGGCGUCAGUCUCGGUCCUUUGCCGCCCUACCUGGACCGAGUGCUUGCGCUUGACGACACGAGAACGAGCAUCGUGCCCGUCCCUGACACGUCCAACCCUCCAUGCGUCAGUGGUCGCGCUUUCGACACGCUCGGUGCCGUUCUGGCCGCUCUUCGAGGCCUGGCGACCACGAUCAGGAUCAGAUCGACCGUCAGGAUUGACGAGUACCAGACCGACCUCAACUUCGUGCAGUCGCCUGUGCCUACCAUCACCGAUGAGACGGCAUUGUAUCUGCUCGGUCCUGCAGGAGCACCGCUCAUUCAGCUUAUCGUCGACGAGUCCGUGCUUACUGUCAACAUCGCAAAUGCAACUCGUAUCACGAAUGACGGAUUCUUCACCAGCUUGCAGGGUCGUCUUCAAGCCGACACUCCGGCCGAUGCGUACAUCGAGUUCCCUGAUCCCAUCGCCAUCGAAUGGGAAGGCACCGACAUCGCCACCAUCUCGCUGCCGCCCAUCUGCGCCAGCCCGCCAGAUGGUGUGCCUAACCUGGUCAGCGCCGGUCAGCUCACGAUCACCAACUACGGUCGCUUCACAGCAUUCGCCUCGUUCAUUCUGAACAACCCGUCCUUCCAGUGGCGUCUGCACAGUGACACCGUCACGGUUCGCGCUCUUCAGAUCCGCUACCAGAACGUCAAGCUCAGCAAGACGAUCACACUUGAUGCAUUCAACGGCCUGCCCGGUAUUAGGAUCACCGACUUCCAAGCUCCAAGCGACGAAGGUGGUGCCAACCCGCACAUCAACAUCGAAGCGACGACGCCCAUUCCUUCUCCCGCUUCUCUCGGUGUCGAGCUCGGCAACGCCAACUUCAACGCGUUCUUCCAGGGUACUUUGGUCGGUCCCAUCUCAUCGCAAGACCUGUUCUUGGCUGCGAAGGCAACCACCACAACGACGCUCAGGGGCGAGAUUGUCAGACAAGAGGGAGAAGGUCUGGUCAACAUUGGUAUUCUAUUCUCUCAAUUCUUGGCCGGUCAAGACUCGAUCCUCAACGUUCGUGGUGUGUCGGUCAUCACGCCUUACAGCGGUGGUCAACCCGUCAAGUGGCUCUCAGACGCGUUCAAGACUUUCGCAACGGAUGUCGUGCUACCAGGCAAGAUCUACCAAAUCAUCUACUCGAUCACGCUUUCGGACCUCACGGCGCAAUUCACCAACCCCCCAUCUGCGGACGGAUACACUGCGCUCGCAAGCAACAAUCGCACCGUCGCCAUCUUUGCCAACCCCUUCGGUUUCGGUCUUGGUGUCGCGGAAGCUGGCCCGCAAAUCACGAUCACGUACGAGGGAAGCAAUGCUGCAAACCUCAACCUCCCACUCAGACCCGUGGUCACGUCAGGCACCUCGCGUGGUCCUAACGACAGGCAGGAACUUGUCCUGAACUUCAGAGAUGAGCCGCUUGUCUCGCCCGGACCCGAUCAUGGCACUUUCUCGAGGUUCUUGGACACGACCACCAACGCAGCGACCGUCAACUUCGGUCUGGACGGAUCGACUGAUGUCAUUGCUACGACGGUAAUUGGUAACCCGAAGAUUACUGGCAUUCCUUUCAAUGUCAGCACCUCACUGGAUGGUAUCGACUCUUUCGGACGCAGGCUGGAGGUCUCGGAUGUCGUUGUAAAGGAUGCUACCUCCCAGUACAUCAGCAUUCCUCUGACCGCGACUCUGAACAACCCAUCAGACAUCACUCUGAGCAGCAACAUGUUCAGGCUGCCGGUUCUUUACAGGGGCGCAAACACUGGUCGUGCCGUCAUCGAUCCUAUUCUUUUGAUCCCUGGUACCAACAGACUGGCUACCGAGUUCCGCUACGGUCCAGACAACGCAGCCGAUCCAGUCGCUCAAUCUCUGUUGCAAGCCUACUUGCAACCCGUGGAUGGUCGCACUGAAGUCCAAGUGGUCCCAUUGCUAAUCUCUGGUAUUCCAAACGCAAACCCCUCGUUGUCGCCAUACGAUUCUCUGGAACUCGCGCUCAGCAACGUUCGCGCGGACACUACCCUCACUGGUAUCGCAUCUCGCAUUGUCACUCUCAUCGAGGUAUACAUUCCCAUUGAGGCGCUUAUCCAGGGUCUUACGUUCCAAACUGUCACCGUCGACUCGGUGCUCACGUCGAUCAACGAUCUGCCUGUCAUUCUGGACAUCGAGCGUGUCCAAGGCAAGAUCUACAACACUAACGACCCCCCUGGAGCACAGGAGUACGCCGAUCUUGACCACACCUUUAACCAAGUCUACAGUCUGCCAAGAGCCACUGCCACAAAGCAGCCAAGCUCCCCCGGUACGAAAUCGGAGAGAAUCACUGGCAUCGUACUCAGCCGAGGCUUGCUCGCAUCGCUACCGCUCAUUGGCAAGAACGUGGAUGUCGUCACGACAAUCAGAGCCGGAGUUCGCGGUAACAGCGGAGAGUACACCGUGCCUUCCCUCGAGUACACUCUUCGCAACAUCGAGACCAACUACUUCAUCGACCUGCUUGGCGUCCCCAUUCCCGUCAACGCGCUCGGUGACAUUCUGGAUGUCCUCAAUGGUCUUACCGGAGGCCUGCUCAACCAAUUCCUGGACGCCAUUGGCAGGCUCACCACGCCGCAACAAGACCAGCUCAAGGCGAUCACUGGCCUUAGCAACGUUGUUUGCGAGUCGCAGCGCAAGGCCCUCCAGCUUGUCGAUCCUUUCCGCCUCCUGAACCCGGUUCUGGACGCAUUCGGCUGCACGGAUCUCAUGACGACCACGACUAGUGCGACGUCCAGCACGCCCAAUCCAGUGUCAGCCGCGACUGCAGCAAUUGGCUCCGGUGCGAGCGUGGCUCAGAGCGUCGCCAGUGAGGGAGUCGGAGCUGCCACCAGCGCUGCUGGUGCCGUUCAAAGCGGCAUCGCAGAUGGUGUCGGUGCCGUUCAAAGCGGUUUCAAUCAGGCCACAAGUGCUAUUGGUGGCGUCUUCGGAAUGAAUGGACGAGCGGCACCGGCAGAUGCGCCGGUUGCUCCCCAGCCCACUGCCUAGACACCUGCAUCGACAUUCCUCUCCGCAUGAGCAUGCAGUCUCGAGAGCCUAAUCGCUCGCAAAUGGUCACAUUCCACACUCUUUUCUUGCUUUCCCUCUUCUUUCCGCACCGUUUGACUUACAAGCAUCAACGCUGUCUCUAUGUGCGCUUGAUCUUUCAACGCAAUUAUUUUGCUCGUCUUCUCCGAAUCUCAGCACGGGAAACCUCACUCUCUAUACCAAACGAUGAGGCUCCUCUUCAAACUUUGGACUCUGCUCCUCGUUGUUGUUGCUGCUAUCUAAUUCGAUCGUCGAAUGGAAUAUUUCCUAUCUUGCCAAGGCUUCCGAGACGCGCAAGAUCAUCCCCCC